AUGAACAUUCUUUGUUGUCAUUCGCUAGUGAAUUGUUUCUAUUGCAAAUUCAAGUUAGAGAAAAAUAUAUUGUUUAAUUUUAUCUAACAGUUCUUUAGUAUGCACUAAUGAGUAGUAACCUGUACUUUUAUUCUUUUCUUUAAUUCUACUAAUAUUUUCAAUAAUUCGACGGACGAAAGGACGUUUCUGGAGAGUUUGGCUUGGGGCAAGGUUUCUUGCUUUUGCUGAUUGGUCUCUUUGUGAGCGAGUGAACUAUAUCUAUAAUUCAUACAACUCCCACGAUUCUAUUAUCUUCUACCCCGUUUACUUUUACUUUUCAAAGUCAGUCUAUAAAAUUAAUUCUUGUCAUUGUGCCUAUAGAAAGAAGAAAUUAGAUUUGUUUAGUUAUAAAAAGUGUCCAAAAUUUUCCACAAGUAAUUAAUAACGACCUGACCUUUCAAAAUCUUUCAUAUCUAGAUCUGUUCCUGUACAAAACCCUCAAUUGUUGCAAGGUGUCGUCGACUGUACUGACAAGCUCAGAUUCGUUCGACCCCUUACUGUAGAGGUUCGAUUCAGUCCAGUCCCGUUCCAAAGUGAUCUGGGCCUUGGAAGAUAGCAUAAUUUACUUUGCUCGGACUUUUUAUUACAUUCAAAUUGGAUUCUUCACGAACCACUCUGCAUGCUUCUUUGUCUUGACGACAGUGAUGCUUCCUAGAACAUUUCCAAGUUCAACAUGUUAGACCUAUGUUGUCUUAGUCAUUUAUCAUAUUACGUUUUGCUGGUAGGUGCAAUCUUCUGGUUCAAGGGAGAACUAUGAAAGCAACUAAACUCAAAAACUGGGUUUUGACAAGUUCCAAGAAACACCAGUAUAAAUUUCCUCUGUUAGUGCCCGCUGGCAUUCAAUUUUUCAUAAUGUUUCUGCAAAUCACACACACACACACACACACACAUCUGCUUACAUCAAAAUUGUAUAAGAUUAUUCAACGUUGCACAUGGUAGUAGGCUUUAUUUCUUGAUUGAACAAGUCUGAGGUCUGAUUUUACCUUGAGUCCACACCAAGUCAUCCAACUGCUACUUUCUUGGAAGAAACUUUCUUCAUAUUUACAACAGUUAAUGUUGGAAUGAUCAAAGCACAGAUACUGUCUGAAGCAGCCCGCGAUGGAAAGCUUGAUGUUCUUGAAAAUCUACUCAGGGAAAAUCCAUCAGCUCUUGCUGAUUUCAGGCUCACAUCGUUAGCAGAAUCUCUUCUGCAUGUGGCAACUAAAUCGGGGCAGCUGAGUUUCGUGCACGAGCUCAUGAGAAUAGAUCCUGGUAUUGCACCAGAGCUGAACAAGAACGGUUUUCGAGCUCUGGACAUAGCUGUCAUAAUGGGCAACUUGGAGAUGGUCAAAGAAAUCUUGAGGUUUGAUCAAGGUCUAUGUCUGCUCAAAGGCAAAGACCAAAGAACAGCCCUUCACUAUGCAGCCAUCAAGGGCAGAACUGAAAUAAUCGACGAAUUGCUGCAAUCUUGUCCGGAUUCUAUUCAAGAAGUCACAGUUCAUGGGGAGACUGCACUUCAUCUUGCUGUGAAGAGUUAUCAGUUUGAUGCAUUUUCUGCCUUGGUUAAAUGGCUGCAGAGGCUCAGCAAGGCACCGGUUGUUAACAUGGGAGACGGGGAUGGGAACACUGUGUUGCACCUUGCUGUUUCAACGAAACAAUAUGCGUGCAUAGACCUACUCCUCAGUGAGAACAGCAUCGCCGCAGCAACAAUAGAACUGGAUGCCAGAAAUACCAAUGCCUUAACAGCACUAGACCUUUUAGACAUACAAGAUUCAUAUGACCUUAAAAUCAGACAGAAGUUAGACUCUGCUGCUGCUGUCACUGCUCCAAAUUCUGUAGCAACUACAGAAAGUUCGAAACACUUGAAAAGAACUUCCAAACCAAAGCAUGAUCUCCAACCACAGCCCUCAAAGAACUGGUUCAAGUACUUCAAGUUCCAGAAGCAACGAGAUUCCCCCGGCGAGACACGGAACGCGCUCUUAGUCGUGGCUGCAUUGAUAGCCACAGUUUGUUUCCAAGCCGGCAUCAAUCCUCCAAGUGGCAUUCUCAACCGACCUCCACCGCCGAGCCCUCCAAACCAGACCUUUCAAGAACGGCCCUCGUUGGGCCAGCAGAGGGCUCGGUUCUUGCUGCAGCAGCAGCCAUCUUCGGGUCCCGUGCUGAAUCAUUCUUGUUCUUGUUUGCCAACUCUUUAGCCCUGACAGCAUCAAUUUGCAUUAUUAUAUACCUCACUGCAGGCUUUCCGUUUCAGAGGGAAUCCACAUAGCGUUGUACGGUAUGAUGUUCAGUUAUGGUUUUGGAGUCAGCAGUAUCAUCAAAGGGAUAGACAAAAAGAAGAAAGCCAUGGCUUAUGUUCUUGUAACUGUUGCUUUCACUCUGCCAUUCGUGCAGAGAUGGCUGCCCAGGUGGGGGAAGAAAGCAUGGAAGAAAUGGAGGAAGAGAGGUGUUAGAAAGAUUCCAUUGCCUAUUGAUAAUUGACAGAAAAACCAUCUUUAGAGCUUGGAGACAUGGUUGUUUGAUGGUCUCUAUACAAAUAUGUCUACUACAGUAGUUGUAGAAAUUGAUGAAAUCUGUAAUGUUGAGUAGGUCUGGUGAUAGUUGAGGUACCAUGAAUGUUUGUGUAAAGGGCAUGUUGUAAACAGACAGUGUCUUGAAAUCAACUAAUGCUGUUCCUGAUUCUCCUUCAGAAAUAUACCUCAAUCUACAAACUAAA